AUGCCUGUCAGGCACCGUGGAGGCAGGCCUACUCUGAGCCAAGGCCUGGAUCGAGAGAUCUAUCAAAUUGUGCGCAAAAUUGUGGACGAGCAACAGCAAGAAGGAGGCCGAAUACGCCUUUCUACUCAUGCGAUCUACGAUACCAUAAAGAGAUCCAAUUCCAGUCUCAACCGGAAACCGAAAAGACUCCUCGAGGACAGCAUUGAGCGUGUUUUGGAAGUGUUCCAAAGUGACGUUCUUGGAGAUGGGGAGUCGGAUUCAGUAGAUGGGGAUUUCGACGGCCUAGAAGAGGACAAGCCGGCUGUCACGGACUCCAAUAGCUUGAACAGAAGCAUCGUAGGCAUGUGGUCUACGUCUAAACCAUCGCCCGCGCCCGCGAAAGGCAACGAUUCCUCUACUGUGGAAACACCUGGACCUACGGCAACGGCAAACAAGAGACGCCACCAUGCAGGGGAGUCGGUCGCCAAACGGCGCAAGGCAGAUCAUGCCAUUGACAGAUCCCCUCCGACCCACGUUAGCCUGGCAGAUAUCGGUGGAAUGGAUGAUGUGAUACAAGAAUUGGGUGACCUCCUUAUUUUACCAAUGACCCGUCCUCAGAUCUAUUCUUCGUCAAAAGUACAGCCUCCACGAGGUGUUCUGCUGCAUGGGCCCCCGGGAUGUGGAAAAACAAUGAUCGCAAAUGCUUUCGCUGCAGAUCUUGGCGUUCCAUUCAUUUCUAUAUCAGCACCAUCGAUUGUGUCUGGGAUGUCUGGAGAGUCAGAGAAGGCUCUUCGCGACCAUUUUGAAGAAGCGAAAAAGCUCGCCCCGUGUCUAGUGUUCAUUGAUGAGAUCGACGCAAUAACGCCCAAAAGAGAGAGUGCCCAGAGGGAGAUGGAGAAGCGAAUAGUUGCUCAGCUUCUUACUUGUAUGGACGAUCUGGCACUCGAGAAGACGGAUGGGAAGCCAGUCAUUGUCCUUGCUGCCACAAACCGUCCUGACAGUUUGGAUCCUGCCCUGCGGCGUGGAGGCCGAUUCGACAAAGAAAUAAACCUCAGUGUGCCGUCUGAGCCAGUGAGGGAGCAGAUUCUUCGCACGCUGACGCGGAAGAUGUCACUCGCUGAUGAUAUUGACUUUAAGCUGCUUGCCAAACGGACCCCCGGUUUUGUGGGUGCUGAUCUGAACGAUCUGGUCUCCACCGCCGGCUCUGCCGCCAUCAAACGCUAUUUAGAGCUCUUAAGAUCGAAUACCACCGAGGAAAUGGAUAUAGAAGAAGAAACAGAAGAAGAUGCUAGUGCAAAAGUGAAGGAACUGCGUCGUCUCAUCAAGCACGCUAAGGAGGCGCCCAUCGGAGAAGAAGCGCAGCCGGUGUUGGUGUCGAAUGCGGAUUUCUUUGCGGCAUUGCCGAAGAUUCAGCCGUCAUCCAAACGUGAAGGUUUUGCAACGAUCCCAGACACAACCUGGGCGGAUAUUGGUGCUUUGGCUGAAGUUCGGGAAGAGCUUGUUACGGCCAUUGUCGAGCCGAUCAAGAAUCCCGAAACCUAUGCGAAAGUGGGCAUCACCGCUCCCACCGGUGUCCUCCUCUGGGGUCCUCCUGGGUGUGGUAAGACGCUUCUCGCGAAAGCAGUGGCCAACGAGUCCCGCGCCAACUUCAUCAGCGUCAAGGGACCUGAACUGCUCAACAAAUAUGUCGGUGAAUCUGAGCGUGCAGUCCGGCAGGUCUUUGUCCGGGCUCGGUCCUCUGUACCCUGUGUCAUCUUCUUCGAUGAACUUGACGCCCUGGUACCCCGUCGUGACGAUACUCUCUCCGAGGCGUCCGCACGGGUUGUCAAUACGUUGCUGACGGAACUGGAUGGUCUGGGCAGCAACCGCCAGGGGAUCUAUGUGAUCGCGGCGACGAACCGUCCGGACAUCAUCGACCCAGCGAUGCUGCGCCCAGGCCGUCUGGAAACGCUUCUUUUUGUCAACCUCCCCGGCCCCCAGGAGCGGGUCGAGAUCCUCCAGACUCUGGUCCGAAAGCUGCCCAUCGAAUUUACCGACGACCUGCGCAAGCUGGCGGAGGAUUGCGAGGGAUUCAGCGGCGCCGACCUGGGCAGUCUGCUCCGCCGGGCCGGUUACUCCGCCAUCAAGCGGCGCGACACGAUCAAAUUCGAGGACUUUGUGGCCGCCAAGGAAUAUAUCCGGCCCAGUGUGACCGAUAUGAAGAAAUACGAGAAGCUGAGACGGGAUUGGAGCAGCGGUGUGCUGUGA